CUAGGUUUCAGCAUGUCUCCCCUCGUCCUCGUAGCAGCGGUGUUGGCGUCAAGUACAUGUAUUUCAGCUUUUAGUAUUCGAGACUUUACCAGACAAGUUCGCAGUCACCAGCAGAAAGUUGAAGAACCUGUGCCAGCUGACAUCGAGAUACUGAACGCAACUGAGAUACACGUAUCGGACAGACCAUGUCGGGAAUACUACACGUGUUUACGGCAAACUGAGCCUCCACCCCCAUCUGGAUCCAUUAAAGAAGGCUACACCAUAACGCCUUCUUACAUAGAUGAUUUAUGCAGGGCUAUGAGUGGAGUAAUAGCAUGUGGCUACAUCGGAGAACUUUCUAAUUGUGAAGACGCGGCCGAGAUGAACCAACAUUUUACUCAACAAUAUACACAGAUUUGUUUGGAGCCAGGCAAAUCAGAAUUGUUGUCCUUCCUUCCGUGUCUUAACAAAUUUGAGGUACAGGCUACCAUCUUCGUUUCGAUGACGUCAAUGGCGGCAAAGGUGGACACAAUCCACAGCUGGCCAAACGCCACACCUACCGAUAUGAUCCACAUGAUGUGCUGGGCUUUAACAGGCACCUAUAACAACUUGGGAUAUAGUAUCGCUGGCCUGUGUUCCGAUCAGGAUCAGGCAGUAUACCAGACCUUAUUCAAAGUAGGAGCCGCCUCAUUUAUACAGGAGUACAACUGCACCAUCUGAAAAGAGGACAACACCAACUAAAAUUCCAAUGGAGUACUGCUCUUCCUUGUUGAUGGACUGACUCAUUUUAUUAUCAAUAACAGUUGUAGCACAUUUACUAUCAUUAUAUAUUAAAUCUUAAUGAUUUCUUUUAAAGUGUUCUCCUUUAAAUUUGUAGAAUUUAUUCAUGCCUACAUAUCGUUUUUCAUUAUCCGAUCACAAUUAAGCAUAAAUCACGUCUCCUCCUCUCUACCUAUCGCUCUAAGCAGAUGUAACACCUCUGUAUAAACACUAGUACAAGGGACUUUAUACAGGCGGUAAUCUAAGUGAAAUCCGAUAAAGUUUUUGAAAAAAAGAAAGAAAGAAAAAGAAAUGUUCAGGUGACAGGAUAUAAUGACAUUAAAUUGAUCUUUUAAAGUUUUAGAACCUAUGAAAUACCCAUAUAAUUCGUAGCUUCAUAUAACUCUUCCGAGAACCACGUGAUCAAAUCCGAUCGAUCAGCGUUUGUCAGUUACGUCAUAGGAAUAACGACAUCAAACGAAAAUUGCGGAUCACUUAUCCGUUUUGCAUGAAAAUAAAUGGUGCAUAGAAUGAUUCCAACUUGUCCGUUUUAUCGGAAACAUAUCUUCCGUAGAGUAUAGACCGCACGUCUCGUUCUAUUUACAUGGAUGAUACAGGGCCUUGACCUCACCAUAUAGUGUAACAUUCUUUGAACUUACUUUAUAUAUUUGAAGUAUCAAUCAUUAUGCCUAUUGUAACGUAACGAUACAUUCAUCAACAAUGACGUCAUCCAAGAAUAGAAAAUCUCGUAUUGCUUGUACGUAUGUAGGCUACAGCAGCUGAUCGCAUGUUCCAUAAGUCGUAUCAUCAGAACCAAGCAUAACCAAUCUACUUUUUUAUGCCACACAUGUUUAUAAAAACCACGUGCACUCCAGGUCCAUAAUUCUGCUUCUAGAGUUAUCUGUAACAGAUUUAAUUUAUUCUGAUUUUCAUUAAAUGUUUUUAUCUUG